AACUUUGCGAAGAUGACAUACAAUUUUGUACUUGCUGUUUUGGUAAUACUUAGCAUACAUUUUGUGUACAGUGUGGAACAGGAUGCUUAUAGUCUUUUAUUUACUGAUAACAAGGACGUGUUUCUAAACAAACCAAUACAUUUCCAGUAUCCAUUGCCAAAGUGGCUGCGUGGCUCUCUGGUACGAACAGGUCCAGCUAUGUUUGGGAUGGGUAAAAGAAAUUUCACACACGCAUUUGAUGGUUUUGGUAAAAUUUAUAACUGGAAAUUCUAUGGAAAUGGAUCAACGUCUUUUUCUCAGGACUUUUUACGGUCUGAAACAUACAAUGUAUCCGGUGAAAUAAAAGAUAUUGCCAAUUUUUUGACAUUUGAAAGUGUUUCGCCACCCUUUCCAUUGGAUAGGCGUGAAAUCUCUGUUUUGAAUGGAUUUGAUAACACAAAUGUAAAUGUGUAUAGAUUAUUCAAUCAAGAAAAGCAGUCAUACGAAUAUAUAACAUUAACAGAUGCAUGGAAGGUUUACCAAUUCGAACCCACUUCUAUAGAUACCAUUGGUGAAAUUGAUCCGCCAAAUCCACGUGGAACAUAUAUUGGAUUUAUAGAUACGAUGUCCUCUGCUCAUCCCGUCCCAGAGCAUAAUUCUAGUUAUCACUUCACAUUUCUAACGAGUGUAAGUCUUAUUCCUAAGGUCAAAAGUCGUUUGUCGGUUAUUAGAAUGAAGUCAGCCUUUGAUCGAGAAUUGGUAGCUCAGUGGGAAGUUGACAAAGCACCUUACAUGCAUUCGUUUUCCGUCACGCCUCGUUAUGUUAUACUAUUUGCAGCUGCUUAUUAUACAAAUAUUGGGAAAAUGCUCAAAUAUGCAAACGCUUAUGAAGGUCUGGAAUGGUUUCCGUCUGAAAAAGCCACGAUUUAUGUUGUUGAGAUUAAGACUGGCAAUGUACAUACUAUUCAAACAGAAAAUGGCUUUCCAUCACAUCAUGUAAAUGCUUAUGAAGACAACAAUAAAAUUAUUAUGGACGUAACUAUGUUUAAAGAUCCUGCUUAUUCAAAAAUAUAUGAACUUGAAACAUUGAGAUUGCCUACUAAAAGACAAAACGCACAAUAUACACCGUCAGAAAUAAAACGUUAUUCAAUCAACUUGAAUGCAACAAAUGUGACAGUCACCACUUUUUCUCCUAAUUCAAUCUUUCCUUUCAUAAAUAAUUUUGAUUUCCCGUGCAUUAAUGAAAUGUACAGACAUCGUAAAUAUUGCUAUAUUUACGGCGUCGCUACGAAAAGAGACAACAAAUUAUUUUCAAGUACAGCUUUAGUGAAGAAAGAUGUUUGCGGUACUAAUCAAGACAGUGCAUUUGCUUUAGAUAACCAUUAUCCUGUGGAUAUGUGGUUUAUACCUACUCCUAAUUCCACCAGGGAGGACGAUGGCAUCCUUUUGACUCCAGUUCUUGACGGAGAUAAACGCCAGAGUUAUUUAUUGAUGCUUGAUGCAAACACAAUGGCUCCUAUAAACAGAGCGUAUUUACCGUCACUGGUUCCAUUUACAAUGCAUGGGCGCUUCUUUUCGGAUUUAAUUUAACUGAUUGCAGAGAUAUUUUGUUUAAAAAUUUAGAGUUUAAUAAAAUUAUCAAAUAGUAAUAAAUAA